AUGUCAAAAACUCUAGAUUUUGAAGAGGCUGAGAAUGGUUCAAAGUGUGGCAAGUUUUCAGCAGCAGUUGUGACAGCUAGAGCGGUGACGAUGGCUUCUCUCACGGCCUCCAUUGCAGUUCUUCUGACCAACGAGGCCACCUUGGUCCGCGGCUACGUCUAUACUUACAAUCGUGUUUUCUCUUACAAGAAGAAACGUAUCAUCAAUAGCUAUACACUGCUUAAGUUGUGCUUCUACGUGGAUAAGAUGACGACAGUGCUGGUAGCAACAGGAGGUGGAGCAGCAUUCUGCGCGACGGUGGAUUUGAAGAGGGUAAAAUGGAAUGAGUAUAAUUCGAAGAAGCAAGAUUUUCUGAGCGUGGGUUAUGUGGCUGCAGCAUUUGCUCCUCAAGACUAUAAUAAUGGACAUGGUGAGUCUGAAGAAAAGGGUUCAAGGUUUGCAAUUACGACGUUGAGUGCAAGAAUUGCUGCCAUGAUUUCUUUCAUAGUAGCAAUUGCAGUUUUUCAGACCAAUGAUGCCAAGAUUAAUGACACUGGCUAUGUCUACACAUACAAGGAUUUUCGCUCAUAUAAGUACGGUUUCUGGGUAGCGUUGAUUGGACUCGGUUACACGGUGCUUCAAGUUCCAUUCUCGAUACACUACAUGAUGAGGAAGAAGCAUCUCAUAAAUAGCUACGCCUUCCUUAAGUUCGAUUUCUAUGCGGACAAGGUUGCGGCGUUGGUGGUGACAACGGCGGCGGGGGCGGUGUUUGGAGCGACGAUGGAUAUGAAGAAAUAUGCGUGGAGGGAUGAAGUGCAGAGUUUCUUGUCGGUCUCAUAUAUUGCGGCCGCAUUUCUCCUUGUUGGAAGCAUUGCAUGCUGGAUUUCAUCUCUUCAUUCAUCUCUGCUCUAUCAAACAAAUUAA